AUGAUGAGAUGUGCAAAUAAAACUAUUCCCCUUAGCAAGACUAAACACUAUAGAGUUUUCUGGUCAAAACACCUUGAGGAACUGAAGAGAAAAUGGAAAACACUUUGCAACAUUGUUGACCAGACUGAAAUAACAGAAUCAUGCAAGGCUGGAGACGACAGUCGGCUGUCCAAAUUCCUUCUCUUCCUUCUCUAUGUUGGUCGCAUCACUCUGAGCGCACACCUCAAUGGACGAGGUAAAGUCGUUGUGGAGAGGUGGUGGAAUGAGAGUUCUCAAGCCACUCCCGUCAAAGAGGUUAUCAAGGAUAUUGAAGCUGUAGAAUUUGCAUAA